CGUGUUUUGAACGGGCUCGGCUACGUGUAUUCGAAAUUCUCUCUCCAUGGAGAYUCUUCAUCACCUGAUAACAGCCUUCAAAAUGAUCGCGUUUUCACGCCUCAAAAACACGACCAAUUCUCACCCAGAUACGUAUCUCCGAACAUCAGCUGUUGCACUUUCAUGGACGCCCAAAAUUUUGUCUUCAAGUUUUCAUUUUGGGGCUGAAAUUUGCUYGCAAAAGAUGUUCGAUUGCUGAAAUUUGUUUCUUGGAUCGAAAAAUUAUGGGCUAUCUGUAUGAUUGGAGGGGGGUUAAGUGUAUUGGAGCAAUGUUCGAUGAAAACUCCAACAGAUUCAAACCUUUAUGAAAAUCCACAAGUAYCUCAAACAAAACUCGACAUCAAAAGCUGGAAACUCGAAAAGAUGAGCCCUACUAAGGCUAAACCUUUUAAAAAACACCCUGGAAAGAUGGCGGCAGGGAUCACGUGAGAAAGGGACGCUGGUUUGGGAGUGACGUAACAAUAUGGUCGCGAUCAAAGAUGUAUUUCUCCUAACAUUGGGUUUUGUUUACAAACUACGGUCUUCAUUAGCCCGGUCCCCAUGUGUAAUACACAGCACCCCCCUCUUGGGGGAAUUGCUCGUGGCGCGUGAAUUAUACUCUUUCGCUCAGAGAGCAAGCAAAACCACAGCAAUAACUCCAAGAAACUACCAUGGAAAAAAGGAUCGAGCUUGAAAGCCGUAACAAAUCUCCAGGAGAGAUAGAGGAGCUUAUACUGGACAACUGCCGUUCUACGGUGAUUGUUGGACUCACAGACGAAUUCGUUAAGCUUGAAAUAUUAUCUAUGAUAAACGUUGGGCUUACUAGUUUGAAAAAUUUUCCAAAUCUUCCCAACUUACGAAAGCUUGAGCUCAGCGAUAACAGAAUUUCUUCAGGCUUACAGAAUCUAACUGGAUCUCCAAAAUUAACUCAUUUAAGUCUUAGUGGAAACAAAAUAAAAGACCUAAAAACGCUGGAACCUUUGGAGAAACUAAAAAAUCUUAAAAGUUUAGAUCUUUUUAACUGCGAAGUCACCAGUGUYGAAGAUUAUAAGAAUAAAGUUUUUGAAAUGAUUCCAUCACUUCGGAACCUCGAUGGAUGCGACAGGGAAGGGAACGAAGCAGAAGAGACAGAUUCUACUGGAGAUGAAGAAGGAGACGAAGAUGAAGAUGAGAAUGAUGAUGUCGAUGAUGAAGAUGAAGACGAUGAUGAUGAUGAUGAAGAUGACGAUGACGACGAUGAUGAUGAAGAAGAAGAUGGGGUAUCAAGUGAAGGUGAUGAUGAUGAUGAUGAUGGAGUCGUAGAAGUAGAAGGGGGAGAUGAUGAUGACGAUGAGGAAGACGAAGAUGAGGAUGAAGAUGGUGAAGAGGAAACACCCGGUUUAGCAUAUUUACAGAAGGAAAAUCUAAAUGAUGAAGAUGAUGAAGAAGAGGAAGAUUUCGACCCAGAUGAGGUAGAAGAAGAAGAGGAUGAAGAUGAAAUCGAAGAAGAAGUUGAGGAAGACGAAGACCCCACAAAACAGACAGCGAGAGGAGAAAAAAGAAAGAGGGAAGAUGAAGAUGAGGAUGAUUAGUAAAGAAAACCUCCCGUUAAAAUGAUCAGUUGUACAGUUACUUGGUACACGGGGGGAUUUGUACAUUUCAGGUUGUCAAAGCAACUUGGUAUUAUUCACAGCAUAUUUCUCUCUGUUGUACCCGGAGCUCAUUUAGAAUUCCGAAUCCCUUGUCAGAGUUCCAUUGUAAGGCAAGAAAACACUGCUCGAAAAAGAGUUUCUUGCGCUGUUAAACGUUAGCUUUACUUUAUAACUAGCACCAGAAUGUAAAGUCUUAAUUCUCCUUACUGAACUUCACCUUUUUACUCCAGAUUUUUUUAGGAGAAUUGAGACCUUCAUCAGGGAUGAAAUGCAGUUGUGUAGAUAGACUUCGAAAUUAGGAAAAAAUACCUGUUUACACCUAAUUAUUCCACACACCACAUAAAACAAUUGAGUGUAACUAACAAACAUGUCGUCAUUUCAUACUGUUUUGAACUUUACAAUAAAUAAGUUGCUAUAACACCA